AUGGAGGACGUCCUGACACCUCCGCCGCAGCAGCCGGAACUCGCCGGAGAGAAGCGUAAGAGGGAGGAGGGUUCGCUGGAUGCGUCCACCGAAGACGCUCCAUCCGCCCCCGCCUCCACCGGCAGCGUUGAGGAUGCGGCCGGCAGCGGCGUCGCCCGGCACCCGAUGUGGAAGACGAGCCUGUGCUCCUUCUUCCGCCGGCGCGGCGGCGCCGGCGCCGGCGCCGAAGGGUGCAGCCACGGGGAGUCCUGCCGCUACGCGCACACCGAGGAGGAGCUCCGCCCGCGGCCCGACGGCACCUGGGACCCCACCUCCGACCACGCCAAGAAGCUCCUCAAGGUCGCCGCGGAGGCCCAGGAGGAGGCCGAGGAGGAGGUCACGGUGGAUGAGCAGUCGCUCGACAAGUGCCUCGUCGGGCUCUCCAGGGGGUGGACGGCUGAUAGGCUCAAGUCCUUCCUCCAGGAGCAGGCAAGUAGUACUAGUGCUCAGUUCCUUCUUGUUCUUGGUUUUAUUGGACAGUGUCUCGAAAUCUCGUUUGCAACAGCAAAGAAGAAGAAGGGAAUGACAGUUGGUUUUGUGACUUUUCAGAGUGUUGAACAACUAACAAAUGCUGUUCAGGUCCUUAAGGAGAACCCUUCUGGUGGAAAGGAAAUAAAGAUAGUAGAUGCCAAUCGUAGGUCCCAUAAAAAGCGCAUGUUGAAGCACCUGUAUCCAAUACUGGAACAGCAACAGAAAAUGGCAGUAGUCCUACUACUGCAGAGGAAACACCUGCGCCUGAAUCGGAUUCAUCAAACUCGCAAUGCUAGGAAAGCUUGCCCACCUGCCAUUCCCCUUCCUGAUUGGGUUUUUAAAUCAAAGGAAAUUGGUGGUCUUCCUUGCAAGCUUGAAGGCAUUUUGGAGUCCCCAGUUGUUAAUGGAUACCGUAACAAGUGUGAGUUCUCUGUAGGAUAUUCCUUAGACGGCAAAAAGACGGUAGGAUUUAUGCUCGGAAAUUUCAGGGAAGGUGUGACUGCUGUCGAGGAACCUGUGAACUGUCCAAAUGUCUCAGAAAUUGCCUGCAAAUAUGCUCAGAUGUUCCAAGAUUUUCUUCAAUCAUCAAGCUUCCCUUUGUGGAGCAGGAUUGACAACUCUGGGUUUUGGCGCCAAUUCACAGUUCGUGAGGGAAGAUGUCCAUCUGAAGCUGUUGUUUCACAGAAUGCAGAAUCACAAAUAUCAGAAGUCAUGCUUAUUGUGCAGGUGUGUUCAACAGGUGUUGAUGAAGCUCUUAUGAAAGAAGAGUUUGACAAGCUGUCUGCUGCCCUGAUACAAGGAGCAGCAACAUGCUCACCUCCCUUGCCACUGACAACUUUUGUAGUACAAGAUCAUAAAGGGAUAUCAAAUGCUGCACCUACUGAUUGCCCACUGAUCCCGCUAUUGGUACCAAAGGGAGAUCAGUUGGAUGGCACAGCAGAAGAUAAAACAAGAAUCCAUGAUCACAUAAGCAACUUAAAGUUCUCUAUAUCACCAACAGCUUUUUUCCAGGUUAAUACUCUUGCUGCGGAAAGAUUGUAUACCCUUGCUGGUGAUUGGGCUAAUCUCAAUUCAGACACAUUACUUUUUGAUGUGUGUUGUGGGACUGGAACUAUUGGCCUGACCUUAGCACAUCGUGUUGGAAUGGUUGUUGGGAUUGAGAUGAAUGAAUCAGCAGUUUCAGAUGCUCACAGAAAUGCUCUUAUCAAUGGGAUAAAAAAUUGUCGCUUUGUCUGUGGUAAGGCCGAAGAUGUGAUGGGGCCCCUUCUCACAGAAUAUCUUGGUUCACCACAGCAGCAGGCUGCAGCUUCUGAAAGUAAUCCUGAAAUCAAUGAUACAAGCAAUACGAUUGACUGCACAAAUUGUGAUGGUGAAAAUAUAGAUAGCUCAAAGCAGAGAAAUGACAAUGGUGAAGGUCAGCAGCCUAUGGACACGUCAGUUGAUCAUCCUACCUGUGCAAGCGACGAGGAGGUGGAUGGGGUGAACAAAGUGGUUGAUUGCAGUCAUGAUGAAUACAAUGUGGCUUCUGGUGAACAGAAUUGUGGAGAAGCAUCGUUGAUCAAUGAUAAACCCAUUGAGACAUCAUCGGAUAAUUGUUUGGAGCAAGGCAAGGCAUGCCAGGAUGGUUCUUCCAAUCCAAACGACAAUGUCCUUGCUGCUAAUGCAUGCCAGUUUAAGAAUGUCGUUGCUAUUGUAGACCCUCCACGUGUUGGCCUUCACCCUACUGUGAUCAAGGCAUUGAGGACGCAUCCACGUAUUCGACGUCUAGUGUACAUUUCCUGCAACCCUGAGAGUCUAGUCGCUAAUGCGAUUGAGCUUUGCACCCCAACAUCUGAGAAACAAGAGAAGAACAAAGGCAACCGAGGGUGGCGAUCUAUGAGCAGCGCUGGUCUUGCUCGGCAGAGGACGAAGUCGAUGCCCAACUCUGAACCUUUUAUCCCCAAGAGGGCAAUGGCUGUCGAUCUGUUCCCUCACACGCCGCACUGCGAAAUGGUUAUGCUUUUUGAGAGGUGA